AAUCAUUAAGCGCGUACUCUACACGAGCAAGUCGGCUGUACGUCAGCUGUGAACGAGAAGCUGCUCUGACAAAAAGAGCACACGGCUGAAGAAAACCGGUUUUUAAAACACAGCCUCUCUACAGUAACUUCGUGGUUUCCCCUGACGAAAACAUCACAUCCUACCAACACCAGUCUCCUCCCACUCUUCCAUGACUGCUCUCUCUUGCUGAGAAACAAGGGGGGUCUGGCUUCCUCAGUUUCAGCAAGCUGCCUCAGAAUUCCUGCCCAAGCUUCUCAGAGUUUCCUCCUCUGUUCCCAGCUCUCUUUAUCUGGUUCCUAUCACCACCACUGUGAACAAUUCUGACUAGGACUCCUACAUUCAUUUAUAGUCCUGGAUAUGCAGUGGCCGUGAGAUCACAUGAGGAGAGCGGUUUACAAGAUGUCAGCAACAAAUGAAUCUGAGGGUGGAGGACCUCAGAAGAGUGCAAGCAAAGAUCACAAAAAGCCUACAGCAGAGGCAGUGAAGGGAGCCAUUCAGCUUGGCAUUGGCUACACGGUGGGCAAUCUGACCUCUAAGCCAGACAGAGAUGUGCUUAUGCAAGAUUUUUACAUGGUGGAGAGCGUCUUUCUCCCCAGUGAAGGUAGUAACUUGACCCCAGCACAUCACUACCCUGACUUCCGCUUCAAAACCUACGCCCCUGUGGCCUUCCGCUACUUCCGAGAACUGUUUGGGAUAAAACCUGAUGACUAUCUGUAUUCCAUCUGCAAUGAACCCCUAAUUGAACUGUCUAACCCCGGGGCAAGCAGCUCUUGGUUCUACUUAACAAGUGACGACGAGUUUAUCAUCAAGACAGUGCAGCACAAAGAGGCAGAGUUUCUGCAGAAGUUGCUUCCUGGCUAUUACAUGAAUCUUAACCAGAACCCAAGGACCCUCCUGCCUAAGUUUUAUGGCCUCUACUGCGUCCAGUGCGGAGGAGUCAAUAUCCGACUGGUGGUGAUGAACAACGUCUUGCCUCGUUCUCUGACAAUGCACUACAAAUACGACCUAAAAGGCUCGACGUACAAGCGGCGAGCUUCACGCAAAGAAAGAGCCAAAUCCUCUCCCACCUUUAAAGACUUAGACUUCCAGGAGAUGCACUUUGAGGGCCUGCACUUGGACGCAGACACAUGCCACGCCCUGAUGAAGACGCUGCAGCGAGACUGUCGGGUUCUGGAGAGCUUUAAGAUCAUGGACUACAGUCUACUGCUGGGGAUCCAUGUGCUGGGUAAAAAGAUGAGGGAGAGAGGAGGCAGGGGAGACAGCAGGCGGCAGGGAACCCAGAAAGUUCUCUACUCCACUGCUAUGGAGUCCAUUCAGGGAGGAGGAAAACCAGCAGAGCCUCUACCAGACACCGACGAUGAGACAAUGGGUGGGAUCCCUGCCAAACACAAAGACGAAAAGUUGCUGAUCUUUUUGGGAAUCAUCGACAUCCUACAGUCAUAUAGAUUUAUCAAAAAAGUUGAGCACUCAUGGAAAGCCCUUGUUCAUGAUGGAGACACAGUGUCGGUCCACAGGCCGAAUUUCUAUGCUGACAGGUUCUUGAAGUUUAUGGGUGGCACCGUAUUUAAAAAGAUCAAUCCUCUCCGAGGUGCUUCCUCUCGGAGGAAAAGGAGCUCCAUCCAACCCAUCAGGUCUGUAUCACAGGAAGUCCUCGCAACAGUUAAGGAGGAGACAAAUGAAGAGAGGAAAGCACAAAGCCUGGAAAAUCUGGAUGACAAAGAUUUGGGUUCCUCUCAGAAACCUGAUGUUAUUCCAAGCUCUACCAAUUUGAAUGUGACGAUUUCAGCUGCUACCAUGUCCUCCGUUUCCUCUUUAGAUGACUUUAAGCUUGAGCAGGAGGAGGACGUAGACAGCAGAGGUCAUCGCCGGACCUCCAGCUCUACCCUGGCUCUAGAAGACAGUGCCCAUCCAAGCACAUCCCCCCAAAGCAGGACCCCUGAUUCAGAGCUUGAUGUUUACUUGUGAUGUAUGAAAUCCGCUGAAAUGGACCUGCUGGCUGAAACGUCCACAAGAUGAUCUAGCAGGACAUGGACCUACAAUCAGUUAGCCAUAUUCUGUCCCAAUUAGCAAGAGAGUACUUUGCCCAAAAAUGCUAAUGUUGCUAAUAAACAGAGAAAAGUGGUAGAGAUCCAGUUUGCUUUCUCUGUGAAGAAUUCCUUUUAGUCACUGUGCUAGGACAGUGUCAAUGCCGGCUAUUGACCGUCUCUGAGGGUCACUGAAGCACAGAUUGCACAUUGAGUGUGAUUUCCCUCGCUCCAUAUUGCUGCUAAUACAGAAGAGGCUGAACAGGCCUUGAGUUUUAAAUGGCAGAGUGAUUUCCACACUGUAGAGUUGUACAGCUUUCUAUUGUUUUUGCACUUGUCAACUUUAAAGUGUACAUUUUACAUAUAAAACAUUAUUCAGUCUCUGUGCUGGGAGCCCUUUACACUGCCAGAUUUCUGUGUUCUGUCAGCUCUAUCACAUCUAAACCAACUCCUGGAGAGUAUUGAGUUAAAUUAGGUGAGCUACAGGAGAGACAACUCUGUAUUGGGACUAAAUAUGAAGUUAAAGAGGAAUUCCUGCUGAUUUUUUUUACAUUUCUGCAUAAUUAAGUUGGUGGUAAGAUGUAAAUUUGUUCUGAGUGGUUUGGUGUGAAAUUCUCUGUUGUAGAGAAACUUCUCGAGUCAAAAUUGUUCACAGUGGUGGUGAUAGGAACCAGACAUCUGAAGAGUUUAAUGCCUCUAAAAUGGAUAUGAAUGUUUUUUGGUGCCUGUAAAAUUGUUUUGUGGUAGUUUUGUAAUAACAUUUUGGCCUAAAGUGUAUUUUUUUCAAAUUCAUUCAUGGUGGAGAGGUACGUACGAUGUGUUCUAAAAAGGAUACCCACAGAAAACGUUUUUACUAUUUUACCAUUAUUAAUAUCACAUGUCAAAACUCAAAGGGCACAUUUAGGUUCACUGGUUGGAUAGUAAAUAAACUAUAAUUGCACUGUAAACAUUACAACCUCUGGUUCUUAUCACCACCACUACAAAGAAAAGUUGGUAAGAUUCUCUGCCAUGAACCAUUUCAAAUCAAACCACUAUGAAAAACUUUGUUUACGUCUCAAUGGUUGAAUUAUUCAGAAAAUUUGAAAAAUUUUGUGGACUUCCCCUUUUAAGGUCAAUUUAACACAACUGCAAAGCACUUUUUGCCAUUCAUUCUAUCCUUUAAAAAAGUGUUAUACUUCAUUUGGAGAUCUUACAUUUCAGAAUGGGUCAUGUGGGCACUGUCUGUUAUUUCUGAGAAAUUUCUUAGAAUUUCUUUGAUAAUCACGUUUUAAGAUCUGUUAGCCUAAGUGCCAAAAUUCUUCAAUCCUUUAAUAAGAAUAAAAAGUGAUCUGAAAGCACAAAUCAAUUUUUUUUUUUAUCCAAAAUGUUAUUUUAGAUAAUAAGUGAUGUGGAAAGGCUUUUUCCACACUAAAAGAUUCACAUGAGUCCUGAUAUUAAAGAUCACUGUCUUUAAAAUAUUUUUGAUUACAUAUUUGAGUAAUAUAUUUCACAAGUGUUUGUGUAUUUGUGUAUUUAUAGAAAACUGUGUAAUGGAAUUGUGCUAUUAAAAGCUGCAUCUGUUUAGAAAUGUGUCAUGU